AUGGGUAAGGAGGGCAGUGGGUGCAUCGUUCCUGUGGAUGAUGGUUCAAGCGGCGGUGGCUCAUUGACCAAGAAAACACCAGGGCCUCGGAGCUGGAUAAGACUGGAUGCUUCAGGUCAAGAAAUGAAUAUGGAGGCCGAUAAGUAUGUGAUCAUAAACCGGGUUCAAAUCCAUGCCCGCGAUUUCCGUAUUAUUGAUCCUUUUCUGUCUUACCCUUCUAAGAUUCUCUCUCGUGAAAGAGCCAUUAUUCUCAAUUUGGAGCACAUCAAGGCUAUUAUUACAGCUGAAGAGGUUUUGGUUCUAAAUCCACUGGAUGAAAACGUAAUUGCUUUUCUGGAGGCACUUCGAAAGCGAUUGCCCCUACAGAAUUGCGGAGAGUCACUCCCUCAGCAAGACAUCGAAAUAGAAGAAGAAGAUGAAAAUCCAUUUGAACUUAGGGCCCUGGAGAUAGCUUUAGAGGCCAUAUGUUGUCACCUUGAUGACCACAGUGCAGAAUUGGAGAAUGCUGUCUAUGAAGCUUUAGAUAUGCUAACAUUGAAGAUUACCCACCGUAACAUGGACAAGCUUCGCAAGCUGAAGAGUCAAAUGACUAGGUUGACUUCUCGCGUACAAAAGGUCAGGGAUGAGCUUCACCAUCUAUUGGACGAUGAUCAUGUGUUGGCUAACUUUUAUUUGUCCAGAAAGUUAGUUGGUAGGUCUUCACAAUUAACUGGUUCAGGUGUUGCAAAUUUGUCCAUUCAUCCUCAUAAAACAAACUCAAAAACAUCUAGAGCAAGCAGGGGAAGUACUUCUGCCGGUGAUCUUGAUAUCCAGGGGCUUGAAAUGUUACUUGAGGCCUACUUCAUCCAAGUUGAUGGCACAGUAAAAAAAUUAGCAGCAUUACGUGAGUACGUUGACAGCACUGAAGAUUACUUAAACCUUCAGCUUGACAACCGGCGAAAUCAGCUGUAUCAGCUGGAUAUGUUUCUGAGUGCUGGAAUUCUAAGCUUAUCAAUUUAUGCUGGUUUAACUGGAUUCUUUGGUAUGAACUUCAAUUAUACUUGGGCUAUGGAUGGUUAUGGAUACACCUUUAAAUGGGUGGUCAUAGUUUCAGGAAUCAUAACACUUGUGGUAUUUCUUUCUACCAUCGGAUAUGCUCGUCAGAAAGGAUUAUUUGGAGCUUGGACAAAUUCAUGA